CGCAGACCUGCAAGCGCAGUGCAAAGGAAAAGGGGAAACGGUCAAGCGGAAAUACACACACACUGUCCCUGCAGCGAAUGGCGGUGUCGCUUGUGAUUUCCAGGAAGGCUUCGUCCAGGUCGAGACGUGUCCGACGGAUUGCGUUGGCUCUUGGGAUGUCGCUACUCUCGCGACGCUUCGCAAGAAAUGCAGCGGGGAAGGGGAGACCCUGACGCGAACCUAUACGCAGAGCGUGCCUGCGGUGGACGGCGGCGUCCCUUGCGAUACGGCGCACAACGCGGUCGAGAGCGUUUUGUGUCCGACGGACUGCCAGGGAUCCUGGAAUGUUGUCUCGACGCAGGCGCUGCGGGAGCAGUGCACGGGUGCGGGGGAGCGGUUAAGCCGGGUUUUUACCCGCACCCGUGCGGCGUCAACGGACACCGAACCUCCCGGGGUAGAGUGCGACUACAAAGACG